AUGAGAGUGUCGAGGUUGGGGUUUAGUUGCCUCGCAUUGGCAGGAUGGGCGAGCGCUAUGAUUAUGCAGAACCCCUUCUCUGCUAUAAUGAGGGGCGAAGGGGAUGCUGGCUCCACGACGUGGCUAGACGGGCUAGAAUCGUGGCCGGUGCUCGGCCAGGACGGCAAGCUUGCCAAGUGGUACGCGCAGGGGAUGUCCGAACCACGGAACAUGUUGCAGAAAAUUGCGCUCCGGGGAUCUGACUUUGAGGUGAUGAGACAUAAGAGCAACCCCGACUAUGCGUUGCGUGUGAAGAAGCAGGACCCGGCCAAGCUUGGGGUGGACACGGUGAAGCAGUGGUCCGGGUACCUUGACUACAAGGACGAGAAGCACUUUUUCUACUGGUUCUUCGAGAGUCGCAACGACCCUGCGAACGACCCUGUGAUGUUGUGGUUGAACGGUGGGCCCGGCUGUUCGUCGUUCACGGGCCUAUUGUUCGAGUUGGGGCCUGCGUCGAUCGGGAAGGACCUCAAGCCCGUGCACAACCCCCACUCGUGGAACAACAACGCCUCGGUCAUUUUCUUGGAGCAGCCGGUCGGCGUCGGGUUCUCGUACGGAGACAGCGUGGACUCUACGGCUGUGGCCGGCGCGGAUGUGUAUGCGUUCUUGAGGCUCUUCUUCCAGAAGUUCCCGCACUUGGCCAAGAAUGACUUCCACAUUGCGGGCGAGUCGUAUGCCGGGCACUACAUUCCCCAGAUCGCGCAUGAGAUCAUCACCAGUAAGGAGGAGAAUUCCGAGGAGAUUCCAAACUUCAACUUGACGUCUGUGUUGAUUGGGAACGGGUUCACGGAUCCGCGGACGCAGUACAAGUACUACGAGCCUAUGGCAUGUGGCAAGGGCGGCGUCCCCGCUGUCUUGAACGAGGACCAGUGCAGUAGAAUGAACGCGUCGUCUUCGAGGUGUGACCGGUUGAUGAACCUAUGCUACCUAACGAAUCGCGCAAUUCCGUGUCUUGCUGCGACGGUGUACUGCGAGCGUUAUAUCACCCAAGUGUACGAGGAAACUGGUCUAAACUACUACGACAUGAGACGAAAAUGUGAGAGCCCAGAUUCUGACUUGUGCUACAGAGGUUUGGACUAUGUGCAGCAGUACAUGAAUCAGAAAGAGGUCCAGGAAGCGCUAGGCUCGGAAGUGGAGCUUUACGAGGGCUGCAACAAGCGGGUGGGAGCGAGAUUUGCACUUUCUGGAGACCACGGAAAGCCCUUCCAGCAAUACGUUUCCCAGUUGUUGGACCGCGCCAUUCCAGUUUUGAUCUACGCAGGCGACAAGGACUACAUUUGCAACUGGUUGGGUAACAAGGCGUGGUCUGACGAGGUUGGUUGGAGACACACCUACAAGUACCGGACGUUGCCGCUAAAACCUUGGGUAAACAAGAAUACUGGCAAGACUGCAGGAGAAGUGAAGAGCUUUGGUGCUUUGACUUUCUUACGGGUCUAUGACGCGGGCCACAUGGUUCCUUACGACCAGCCUGAGAGUAGUGCCUACAUGAUCGAGAGUUGGCUAAAUAAAAAUUACAACUUGGAUUACAAAGUCUAA